AUUCACUGUAUUGGUUAGGGGCUGGAUCGGUCGGUGUUCGGAUCAGUGAUUAACGAUCUUGCGAUCGGUUGUGAUAGUGACUUCCCAGUGUCGAUCGAACCGUUGGGAUUGAUGGUAACGGGCAGCACUGUUCCUUAACCGGAGCUCUCAUCGUGUGUGGUUGAAUAAAUUUUAUUUGAAAAACUAACAUUCACUGUAGUGAUCUUAAAUGGAUGAGGUACGGUUCCUUGGGAUCGCGCUCUUGUGUGCGUUACUCGUGUUUGGUGGAAAUGGGACCGAGUUUGAGAAAGUAUUCGAAUGGAAGCAGAUGUCUUACCGUGACCUUCCAGAUCUAAGUAAAGCCAACACUCCAAUUUUAUUUCCUCGAGCGCAAGGAGAUACGGAGAAUGAAACGUUCCAGGCGUACGGUAACAUCCCGAUGGGUGCAACGCAUCACAAAAACCGUUUGUUCAUCACCAUACCGCGUCGAAGACCGGGCGUUCCGGCCACACUGAACGUGAUCGAUCUGACAAAAGUGUCGCGCGGUGAUCGUAGCCCACCCUUGCAAGCCUAUCCUACCUAUCCGAUCAAUGAGCUGCAGCCACAAUAUGCACCGGACUUGAGGCGGCUAGUUUCGGUGUAUCGCACCAAGGUGGAUGCCUGCGAACGGUUAUGGUUUGUCGAUACGGGCAUGCUAGAGUAUCCGAACAAUCGACGGCAGCUGCAACGUCCUCAGGUGUGGAUCAUCGAUCUGAAGCGUGAUCAGCUCGUGCAACGGUACACCGUUCCGGAAUCGAUCGUUCGGGAAGGGGUCGGUAUGGCCAGCAUCACCGUGGACGUAGAGCCAACCGAUUGUGCGGGAGCGUUCGCCUACAUUCCGGAUCUGGUGGCAAAUGCUAUCCACGUGUACAGUCUGCGGGACAACGAUAUGUGGUCGUUUAACCAUUCAUCGUUCGCGUACGAUCGAACUCGGACCACGUUUAAUGUGGCCGGCCAGAGGUUCGAGUGGGACGAUGGUGUGUUUUCGAUAGCGAUCGGACAGAAUGACACCGUCGCCCGGUCGAAGCUGGUCUACUACCAUCCAAUGGUCAGCACGACCGAGUUCGGGACGUUUACGAAUGUGCUGCAGAGCAAACGGAUCGCACAGUCCGGCUACUACGACGGAUUGUUCGAGGCGUUGGGUGAGCGGGGACCGAAUACGCAGUCCACCAUGCACCAUUACGAUCCACGCACCGGGGUACUGUUCUAUGCCGAGGUAAACCGGAACUCGAUCGGAUGCUGGAACACGAAUCAAAUCUUCGAUGCGGACAAUCACGCGGUCGUGCAUCUGGAUAACCGGGAGCUCAUCUAUCCGACCGAUUUGACGAGUGACUCCGACGGUAUGCUGUGGGUGUUGACAAACAGCUUGCCGGUAUGGAUCUAUUCGCGACUCAAUGAAAGUGAGUACAACUUCCGGUUAUGGCGACAGGAUCCAGCGGUGGCGAUCCGUGGUACAAAGUGUGAUAAUGUGGUUUAGAAAGUGUUCAAGUGUUUCUAAUGACUUUUAUUUGGUUUUAUGUAGAAGAAAGAAGGCAUGUGAAGGGAUAAAUUACAAAAUAAAAGAGAGAAUAAUAUAGCAUAGCAAUACACCAUAA